AUGGCGUGUGAAUGCAAACAAAACGAAAAAGCUUCACAAACGAAAACACGUAAUUAUUAUAGAUACUACGAUACUCCCGAAGGAUGUGAUAUUUUUAAAAAGGUUCUGGUGACGACACGUUAUGGAGCAAUAGCCGGCCUAAUAUUGUCAACGCAUGAUGUUCUAAUGUAUUCACACGCUAUUGGAUUUGGGCCAAUAAUGAGGAGAUUCGCCUAUCACACGGUCCCACUAGUGCUGAUGGGAGCUACCUUCGCUGGAGUCUCCAAUACCCUUGUGCGUGUACGAGAAAAAAAUGACUACUUGAACUAUUUUCUAGGUGGUUUCGCCUGUGGUCCAAUACUUAGAGCCUACUUAGGCACGAACCACGCCUUACUACUGGGUGGUCUUGCUUUAGGAGUUAUUGCUAUGGUCAAGAAGGACUCAAUCGUCACUGGCUUCCAAUUUUUUCCUCCGAUUCCGACCCACAUGUAUUCUGUAGGCAAAUGGAGAGGGGAUUAUACUAUAGUACCAGAUCCAAGUGAGGAACUGGUACACACAUGCGGAAAGGAACAAUGA